UUGGCCGCCAUAAUCACGGUUACAGUGGCAGCUGUCAGCACUAGCUUCAGAAAACUCCCCUCUUCUUCUUCAGCUUCGAAUCCGAAUCUCAUUUUAUUGUGACUGUGAAGUGUUGUGAGAAUUUGUGAGUUUGGACAAUGAGCAACAGCAACGACCAACAACCCCAACGGUCAAGGCCGUUUCGCCCAACGAAACCGUUAGAGAUUGACAACAGCAGCGGCCUCACGCUCGUCCCGCGCGUGAAGCUCACGCUCACUAUCUACCCUCUCGCCGCAACCGUUACCUCCGUCGACGAGUGGAAGAUGAAGCGCGCUCUCAUCGACUACCUUCACACCACUCACUCCCUCGCGAUUCCCGAGGACGACCUCGACGUUAAGCGCGUGAGGGACCUCAAGAAGCGGAAGCGCGAGGAGCCUGUUGCUUCGGGGACUCUCAGGAUCUGGAAUCUCGAGUUCAUUGAAGAAGAAGAUGAGGAAGGCGAGGGUGCGGUUGAAAAGAGGGUUUGGGAGUGGAGGAAGAGGUUGGUGGAGAAGAUGAACGGGAUUGAGCUGAAUCUUGAAGGGGUUAAGUUCAAGCUUGAUGUUGCUGUUCCCGUUUCGGAUGAUUUUGAGGCAAUGAAGAAAGAUUGGGAACACUUUUUUGCGUUUGAUACUCGAGGGUACUAUAGAGGGAAGCGUGAACCAGAUACGAUUAUUUUGAGGGGUGUUCCCUCACGAUGGUUUGCUGAGCCUAGAGUUUCUUCUAAGCCUUCCAUGCUCGUCACACAUACCAUCUUCUCAACAUUUGGCAAGAUAAGGAAUCUUAAUGUUGCUGAGGACGAUGAUCCAGGUAAGGAUGCAAAUGAAGACGGCGGAGACCUGGUUUCAGGCCUUUACUGUAAGAUUGUGGUUCAGUUUGAAAAAUAUAGAGACUUCCAUGAUGCAUUGAGAGUUCUAUGUGGUCGCUCAUUGCAAAAGCAAGGAUCGAGAUUAAAGGCUGAUUAUGAAGUUAGCUGGGAUAGAGAUGGAUUUUUUCGGAACACGAGAAAUCAAACUCAAGAAAAGACCAACAGAGUGUCAACAACGGCAGCAGAUCAUUAUAAAAGUGAAGCUCCUAGACGCCAUACCCCUUAUGCUCGCCACAGCCCAGAGAAUGUGCGGCCAAGGAGAUUCCGGGAAUAAGGACUCAUGGAUCCAAGCCUACACUGAGAAGUUUCUAGCAAAUGGACCAUUCCAUGCAUUUUCUAGCGACUAUGACUAAGACCAUUUUGGGUCACUAAGGUUCGUAGUCUUUUGAGAUGUCAAUUGUACUCGCACUAAUCAUAGUUCAAUUGUCAUAAUUAUUAUUUGUAUAUGUUUUUGCCUUUUGGAUAUUCUUGUUUUUAGUUUUUAAACACCAGGCAAAGAUAUGUUAUUUUUAGUCACCCCUAUCUUGUAGCGGAUAAAAAUUAAAAAGGUGAUAGAAAUGGAUUACGAAAUCGAAAUGUGAAGUUGCCUCA